UUAAAUUUAUUUUUAGCAAUCACUCAUUCUACCAGCAAAUUGUGCAGCCAUAGAAAUGAAGAAUAGCAGUUCAAUUCUGAUACUUGUGCAUUUUUUAUGCUUUAGCCUCAUCACUAAUCUUUCCCUAGGAGGGGACACCAUUUCUGUGAAUGAAUCUGUUUCUUCAGGCCAAACAAUUAUCUCUUCAGGUGGGAACUUUGAGCUUGGUUUCUUCAGACCAGGCGACUCUCGCUCCUACUACAUAGGCAUAUGGUACAAGAAACUAUACCCUCAAGCAGUAGUAUGGGUAGCAAAUAGGGAUAAACCACUUGAUAGUGCUGAUGCUAACUUGAUAAUUAGUCAAGGUAACCUGGUGCUUCUCGAUAGACUUCAAAACUCAAUUUGGUCUGCACUUACUGAGAACAUCAAUCCAAAUAUUUCAGUUGCUGCAGUUCUUCGUGAUGAUGGGAAUUUUAUUUUGAGUGAUGUGUCAAAGGCAUCAAUGCCCUUACUACUUUGGCAAAGUUUUGAUCACCCAACACACACUUUUUUGCCUGGUGCUAAGAUUGGAUAUGAUAAACGGACACAAAGAAAACAGGUUUUGGUUUCAUGGAAGAAUUCGAGUGAUCCGGCACCAGGAAUGUAUUCUCUAGAAAUGGACCCAAAAAAUGCUCAAUAUGUUAUAAAAUGGAAUAGGACUACAGAGUAUUGGGCAAGUGGUUCAUGGGAUGGCCAAAGAUUCGGCUUAGUGCCUGAGAUGAGCUUAAACUACAUAUAUAAUUACAGCUAUAUCGACAAUGAGAAUGAGUCAUAUUUUACAUACUCCCUUUACAAUAGUACAAUCACAUCAAGAUUGAUAAUGGAUGUCUCGGGACAAAUUAAGCAACUGUCAUGGUUGGAUGGUAGCAUUGAUUGGAAUUUAUUCUGGACUCAACCAAGAGAAUCUUGUCAGGUUUAUGCUAUAUGUGGGGCAUUUGGAGUUUGUGAUGAAGCUAAUGCAACCUGCAAUUGUUUGAGUGGUUUCAAGCAAAGAUCAGAUGCAGAAUGGAAUUCAAAUGAUUAUUCCAGUGGCUGUGUAACAGACGAAAAGGUGCAGUGUGAUGCAAUUACUGAAGACAAAGAUAGUUUAUGGAUAACUUCAAUUGUGAGAGUACCUGCUUCUCAUAAUACUAAUAUCACAGUUGGGACAGCCUCACAGUGUAGAUCUGCAUGUUUCAACGAUUGCUCUUGCACUGCUUAUACUUAUGAUGGUUCCGGUACCUGUUCCAUCUGGACAGGGGAUCUGUUCAAUCUGGAACAACUCAGCACAACUGAGUCAAAAAGGACAAUAUUUGUCAAACGCGGCUCACCUGAAGCUCAAACUAAAGCUAAGAAGUCGAUGAAGCUAAAAGCAAUCCUUUCGUCAAUAUCAGUUUUGAUGUUUCUACUCAUAGGCAGCAUUAGCUACAUUUACUAUAAAAGAAGAAUUGCAAAAAGAGCAGAUAGAAGUAAAGGUAUUCAAGGGGCACAUAAAUCUCACUGGCACAAAGCUGAAGGAGAAGCAAAAGUAUUAAUGAAUGAAAACAGUGAUGAAGCGAUUGAUGUUCCAUAUUUUCACUUGGAGACUAUUUUGGAAGCUACAGACAACUUCUCAAAUGCGAAUAAGCUCGGACAAGGAGGAUUCGGUCCUGUUUACAAGGGUAUCUUUCCGGGCGAAAAAGAAAUUGCAGUAAAAACGUUAUCCAGUCAAUCAGGACAAGGCAUAGAUGAAUUUAAGAAUGAAGUGACUCUAAUUGCAAAGCUUCAACAUCGAAAUCUGGUGAGGCUAUUGGGUUAUUGCAUCAAUGCAACGGAACAAAUAUUACUUUAUGAAUAUAUGCCGAAUAAAAGUUUAGAUACAUUCAUAUUUGAUGGAACACUUUGUCAAUUAUUGGAUUGGAAGAAACGUUAUGACAUCAUACUGGGCAUUGCACGGGGUCUAUCUUAUCUUCACCAUGAUUCACGACUAAGGAUCAUUCAUAGAGAUUUAAAAACCAGUAACAUUUUAUUAGAUGAGGAGAUGAACCCGAAAAUUUCAGAUUUUGGCUUGGCAAGGAUUGUUGAAGGAAAAGUAACAGAAGCAAAUACAAAGAAAGUAGUGGGGACCUACGGCUAUAUGUCUCCUGAAUAUGCACUAGAUGGAUUGUUUUCCAUCAAAUCAGACGUAUUCAGUUUUGGAGUAGUCGUACUUGAGAUAAUCAGUGGAAGAAGGAAUACAGGAUUUUAUCAGUCAGAAGAAGCCUUAAACUUGUUGGGCUAUGCAUGGAAAUUGUGGACAGAAAAAACUGAGAUACAAUUAAUAGAGAAGUCACUACUUGAAUCAUGCAACAAAAGUGAAGCAUUGAAGUGCAUAAAUAUUGCACUCCUGUGUGUACAAGAAGAUCCAAAUCAUCGUCCUAAUAUGUCAGAUGUCAUUUUAAUGCUGGGAGGGGAAGGUACUAACCUUCCAACACCUAAUAGACCAGCUUUUGUAAUAAGGACACAUGCUUCUAGUACAUCUUCUUCUUCCUCCGAUAAGAAAUACAUCGUAUCCAACAAUCAGGUGACGAUUACAGUUGAAGAAGGACGUUACAAUUUUCAUGGACUCCAAAGAAGAAAAAUCUCCUUCCGUAAACACUUUGCACUCCUUAUUUUCUCUCAUUCUUUCAGUAGUCAAUCAACUUCUCUACGUACCAUGGAAAUGAAGAACACUCAUUACUUUCUGCUACUCUUUUUAUGCUUCAGUCUCAACAAUAAUCUCUGUAUCGCAAGGGACACCAUUUCUGCGAAUGAAUCUCUUUCUUAUGGUGAAACUCUAGUCUCUUCAGGUGAGAUAUUUGAGCUUGGUUUUUUCAGACCAGGUAACUCUCUUAAAUAUUAUCUAGGCAUAUGGUACAAGAACGUUAUUUUAUCGCAAACAGUAAUUUGGGUAGCAAAUAGGGAUAAACCACUUGAUUAUGGUGCUGCUGAGAUGAAAAUUAGUCAAGGAAACCUGGUGCUUCAUGAUAGAUUUCAAGGCGUAGUUUGGUCGGCACUUGCUGGAAACAUCAAUCCAGAUAUUUCAGUUACUGCACUUCUUCGUGAUGAUGGAAAUUUGAUUUUGAGUGAUGUGUCAAAUUCAUCAACACCCUUACUACUUUGGCAAAGUUUUGAUCACCCAACACACACUUUUAUGCCUGGUGCUAAGAUUGGAUAUGACAAACGUACACAAAGAAAACAGGUUUUGGUAUCAUGGAAGAAUUCGAGUGAUCCAGCACCAGGAUUGUAUUCUAUGGAAAUGGACCCAAAGAAUACUCAAUUUGUUUUAAAAUGGAAUAGGACUACAGAGUAUUGGGCAAGUGGUUCAUGGAAUAGCCGAAUGUUCAGCGCAAUACCUGAGAUGACGACAAACUACAUACAUAAUUUCAGCUACAUCGACAAUGAGAAUGAGUCAUAUUUUACAUAUUCCCUUUACAAUAGUCCAAUCUUAUCAAUAUUCACCAUGGGUGUCUCGGGACAAAUUAAGCAACUAACAUGGUUGGGUAAUAGAUUUCAAUGGAAUUUAUUCUGGUCUCAACCAAGAGAAUCUUGUCAGGUUUAUGCUAUAUGUGGGGCAUUUGGAGUUUGUGGUGAGGCUAAUGCACCCUGCAAUUGUUUGAGUGGUUUCAAGCAAAGAUCAGAUACAGAAUGGAAUUCUAAUGAUUACUCUGGUGGCUGUGUAAGAGACCAAAAGGUGCAGUGUAAUGCAAUUACUGAAGACACAGAUAGUUUAUGGAUAACUUCAAUUGUGAGAGUACCUUCUUCUCAAGAUACUAAUAUCACAGUUGGGGAAGCCUCACAGUGUAGAUCUGCAUGUUUCACCGAUUGCUCUUGCACUGCUUAUACUUAUGAUGGUUCCGGUACCUGUUCUAUCUGGACAGGGGGUCUGUUCAAUCUGCAACAACUCAGCACAAAUGAAUCAGAAAGGACUAUAUUUGUCAAACGCGGCUCACCUGAAGCUCAAACUAAUGCUAAGAAAUCAAAGAAACUAAAAGCAAUCAUUUCAUCAAUAUCAGCUUUGAUGUUUCUACUCAUAGGCAGCAUUAGCUACAUUUACUAUAGAAGAAGAAUGGCAAAAAGAACAGAUAGUAGUAAAGGUACUCAAGGGGCACAUAAAUCUCACUGGCACAAAGCUGAAGGAGAAGCAAAAGUAUUAAUGAAUGAAAACAGUGAUGAAGCGAUUGAUGUUCCAUACUUUCACUUGGAGACCAUUUUGGCUGCUACAGACAACUUCUCAAAUGCAAAUAAGCUCGGACAAGGAGGAUUUGGUCCUGUUUACAAGGGUAUCUUUCCGGGUGAAAAAGAAAUUGCAGUAAAAACGUUAUCCAGUCAAUCAGGACAAGGCAUAGAUGAAUUUAAGAAUGAAGUGACUCUAAUUGCAAAGCUUCAACAUCGAAAUCUGGUGAGGCUAUUGGGUUAUUGCAUCAAUGCAGCGGAACAAAUAUUACUUUAUGAAUAUAUGCCGAAUAAAAGUUUAGAUACAUUCAUAUUUGAUGGAACACUUUGUCAAUUAUUGGAUUGGAAGAAACGUUAUGACAUCAUAUUGGGCAUUGCACGGGGUCUAUCUUAUCUUCACCAUGAUUCACGACUAAGGAUCAUUCAUAGAGAUUUAAAAACCAGUAACAUUUUAUUAGAUGAGGAGAUGAACCCGAAAAUUUCAGAUUUUGGCUUGGCAAGGAUUGUUGAAGGAAAAGUAACAGAAGCAAAUACAAAGAAAAUAGUGGGGACCUAUGGCUAUAUGUCUCCAGAAUAUGCAUUGGAUGGAUUGUUUUCCAUCAAAUCAGAUGUAUUCAGUUUCGGAGUAGUCGUACUUGAGAUAAUCAGUGGGAGAAGGAAUACUGGAUUUUAUCAGUCAGAAGAAGCCUUAAACUUGUUGGGCUAUGCAUGGAAAUUGUGGAGAGAAAAAGCCGAGAUACAAUUAAUAGAGAAGUCAAUACUUGAAUCAUGCAACAAAAGUGAAUCAAUAAAGUGUAUAUAUAUUGCGCUCCUGUGUGUACAAGAAGAUCCAAAUCAUCGUCCUAAUAUGUCAGAUGUCAUUUUAAUGCUGGGAGGGGAAGGUACUAACCUUCCAACACCUAAUAGACCAGCUUUUGUAACAAGGACGCACGCUUCUAGCACAUCAUCUUCUUCCUCCAAUAAGAUAUACAUUGUAUCCAACAAUCAGGUGACGAUUACAGUUGAAGAAGGGCAUUAG